CUCAAAAAGAAACUUUCGAAGUCCAUUUGCCCAACCAGAAACGUCAAACCGGAAAUCCUACCGUCGAAGUCUCCGUUUCUCCGGUAACUAUUUCCAGUGUCAAGAAAUGGAAAUCUGAAGGGAAGGAAAAUAAAUUAGGAAUUUGCUUGGCGGGCAAGCGUGAAACGGAUUAAAAAAUCGUGGGUUACGAUUGAUUUGUCGAAAAAUCCUAGUUGCAACCCUGCAUUUUCAGGCGAUACAUUGGUCGAGAAGUUGAGAAAAACGGAGGAUCCGAGUGGGGAAUCACGAUCUUUCAGUCAGAUUCGAUGGACCCAUCUCCGUACGGAUCAGGAGCACCGAAGGAGUUCGUCACGAAGCGGCUCAAGCUCGCCUGGCGAAUUCUUUUGAUCUCAAAUCUCGGCCUUGGAGCUUAUAUGUUUGCAAAGGCGAGAAAGAAGGACUUGGCUACGGUUGAACACAAAGGAGUGAAAAACAGUACAGUUCUCGCUGAACCGGAAGAAACCAGAUUAGUAGUCGAUGAACUGUCAAUGCCGAGUGAGUAUACAGAUGCAGCUGAAGCGCCGAUCUAUCCAUUGCACGGAAACCAUUUCCCGAAGAUGAGCAGAGAGAGCUAUUCAAGUGAAUAUCAGCAGAGAAAAGGAAGAUGAAACCGAAAGACCAGGGAGAGAAGAAACGGGUCGAUGAAGAAACGGUUCAUUCGUGCUGAAAAGAUCUCAAAAAUUCAUUCCAGACAAUUCUUUUGAUUCAUCUCCUUGGGAUCAGGAUAAAUUCUUCUCCCAAUAGGAAAUAUAGAACACAUUAUUUGUGUUGUUAACUUCAGGAUUGUCGGUUUUAUAUGGAUGUUUUUUUACAGAUUUGAACAUGCGAUGAGAAAAGCGUCACAAUCCGUCGCAAAAUGGCGACGACCCAUUUGCGUCAACUAGCGACGGUAAUACCAGUUUUUCGUUGCGAAUUUGUGACGUACUAAUGACAAACAUUUUCCGUCGCAACUUGCAAUAGAAUUUGUUCUCUGUCGCGAUACAACGUUUUUAUGAUUUGGAUUCAUUGCAUAUGAGAUAUGA